AUGGGAACUGCCGUGUCUAAGAGGAAGAAUUUAAGAAAUGACGCGAUGUCUUCGGUUGCCGCAAAAGUUAGAGCAGCCAGAGCAUUUGGAGAAUAUUUGUCACAUACACAUCCAGACAACCGCAUCGGAUCAGAUCAUUUGUUGUCAAACACCUUCAUAGGCCCUGAAUCUGACUCUCCAGACAUCCGUCGUCUCCACGACAACAAUAGCAUCCUCCGUCCAGUGCCCAUACCCAAGCCCACCCAGGAACAGCCUCGUCCGGGCAGCCUGCCCCUCUCUUUGGCGUCCACCUCCAAACGUCGUCUCUCCGUGGAACGUAGCCUGUCCUCUGAAGAUCAACACCACCAGCAACAGCAGCGUAAGUGCGGUCAGACCACCUCCGUCAAGCCAGCUCACGUUUACACCAUCACCCGCGAGGGAGGCAUGUUGGGGAACCGGGGGAGCGAGGAGAGCCUGGAGCUCGAGGUUCUGAAAAGUCGUGGCGACCGUCGGCGUGAUAAUGAACACCGUCGGGGCGGUGACCGUCGUCACGGCAACAGCGGCCACGCCCACAGCAGCCAGCCGCUUCAGAACUCAGGGAGCGCCCACAACAUCCGUGGAGAGUGGGGUGGGAGGAGAAGUACGUCGAGGGAGGACUGCAUGCCCAACUGUGGGAGCUGUGUCCGGCCGCCCUGUACGAGCCAACGUUCUCUCGACUUGGAGACUUCACCUCAUAAUGGGGCAGGCAAACAGCGGAAACAACUAGAAAGGAUGUGCAGCGAGGACCGUGUGUCCUCUACUGAAGAUCGAGUGGACCAGUCGAACAGUUGGUUUCCCAAGGAGAACAUGUUCAGUUUUCAGACUGCAACCACCACAAUGCAAGCAAUAUCGGCUUUCCGUGGAAUCGCUGAGCGAAAACGGAGGAAAAGAGAACAGGAGGCUACGGCUCUGAUGGAGAGAAACUUCCGGAAACAUCUGAGGAUGGUGGGCAGUCGCAGGAUGAAAGCUCAGACGUUUGCAGAGCGCAGAGCCAAGAGUUUCAGCCGCUCCUGGAGUGACCCCACCCCAGUUAAACCUGACCUGCUACAUGACUCAAGAGACAGUGGAGAUCUUCAGUCUUCUUCUGGGACUCUGGAUGAAGGAGUGAAUGAUGAUGUGCACUGGGAAGAGGAGAGAGAGAUGGAGAGAAUAGCUUGCGAAGGGGAGGAUUUUAUACCACCCAAAAUCAUGCUGAUUUCGUCCAAGGUUCCGAAAGCAGAGUACGUGCCCAAUAUUAUUCGCCGAGACGACCCGUCAAUCAUUCCCAUCCUCUAUGAUCAUGAACAUGCCACGUUUGAUGAUAUUCUUGAGGAGAUAGAGAAGAAACUCACCGCCUACAGAAAAGGCUGCAAGAUCUGGAACAUGCUGAUUUUUUGUCAGGGAGGCCCUGGACAUUUGUACUUGCUUAAGAACAAGGUUGCCACGUUUGCGAAAGUGGAAAAAGAAGAGGACAUGAUCCAGUUCUGGAAGAGACUGAGCAGAUUCAUGAGCCUACUAAACCCAGAGCCCAAUCUUGUCCACAUCAUGGGUUGUUAUGUGCUUGGUAAUGCCAAUGGGGAGAAGCUGUUUCAAAAUCUCAAGAGGCUGAUGAGACCAUACUCCAUUGAGUUCAAGUCUCCUCUUGAGCUGUCUGCACAGGGUAAGGAAAUGAUCGAGAUGUACUUCGACUUCCGUCUGUUCCGUCUUUGGAAGAGCCGCCAACACUCAAAGCUUCUCGACUACGAUGACCUUUUGUGA